CUUGGGGAGAACACACGCAGCAGAGAACCCGGAAGCGGCUGUGCUGCGGGCAGGAGCGGAGGCGGCAGCCUGCGCCGGGAUCCCGCGUCCUGGCCGGGAGCGGACGGAGCCUCCUCGGGGCUCGGAGGGGCCGUCCUUCCCCUGCAAUUUAGAAGUCCCCCAGAAUGCUGGAGUCCUACGUAACUCCCAUUUUGAUGAGUUAUGUGAAUCGCUACAUCAAGAACUUGAAGCCUUCGGAUCUGCAGUUGUCGCUCUGGGGAGGAGAUGUUGUACUCAGUAAACUUGAGUUAAAGCUGGAUGUGCUUGAGCAGGAGCUGAAACUACCAUUUACUUUUUUAAGUGGGCAUAUUCAUGAGCUUCGGAUUCAUGUGCCAUGGACAAAAUUAGGAUCAGAACCAGUUGUCAUCACUAUCAAUACAAUGGAAUGCAUCUUGAAAUUAAAGGAUGGGGCUCAGCAGGAAGACCAUGAAAGUUGUGGUUCAAGUUCAACAAACCGCAGUACCACGGAAAGUAUGAAAUCAGCAGUAAAACCACGGCGAGUUCAGCAGUCUGCUUCUCCUGACCCUGAUUUGCCUCCAGGCUAUGUUCAGAGUUUGAUUAGGCGUGUUGUGAACAAUGUCAAUAUUGUGAUCAACAAUCUCAUUUUGAAGUAUGUGGAGGAUGAUAUUGUUCUCUCAGUCAAUAUCACUUCUGCAGAAUGCUAUACAGUGGAUGAGUUUUGGGACCGAGCAUUUAUGGACAUCUCCGCUACUGAUCUGGUACUCAGAAAGAUGAUCAACUUCUCUGACUGCACAGUGUGUCUUGAUAAGAGAAAUGCUAGUGGUAAAAUUGAAUUUUAUCAGGAACCUCUGCUGUACAAGUGUUCCUUCAAGACUCGUCUGCAUUUUACUUAUGAUAACCUCAACUCCAAAAUGCCAUCUAUUAUUAAAAUUCACACAUUAGUUGAAAGUUUGAAACUUUCAAUCUCUGAUCAGCAGCUUCCUAUGUUUAUACGCAUAAUGCAACUUGGGAUUGCUCUUUAUUAUGGGGAAAUAGGCAACUUCAAAGAUGGGGAAAGUGAAGAUUUGAUUUGCCACACAAAGGAUAUGUUGGGAAACAUCACAGGUGCAGAAGAUGAAACAGGCUCAGCAAUGCAAUAUCCUACACAGUAUGUUACUCAAGAUCCUUCUCUGCAUCAAGAUGAUGACCAGCAACAAGGAUGGGUUUCUUGGGCCUGGUCUUUUGUUCCUGCUAUUGUGAGUUACGAUGAUGAGGAGAAUGACUCUAGUGGAAUUGAUGAUGGAAUGACACUACGUCAGCAGAAAUCUCAGUCUCUCAAGGAUCCUAUUAUUUCAAUCGGAUUUUACUGUACAAAGGCAACAGUGACGUUUAAGCUCACUGAAAUGCAAGCUGAAAGUAGUUAUUAUAGCCCUCAGAAAGUAAAAUCCAAAGAAGUUAUUUGCUGGGAACAAGAAGGAACAACAAUUGAGGUCCUUAUGAAAGGUGAACUUUUCUUUGAUUGCCAAAUAGGUUUUGUUGGCUGCCAAGCUAUGUGCCUUAAAGGAAUUAUGGGGAUUAAAGACUUUGAGGAGAACAUGAAUAGGAAUGACGAAGAGGCCUACUUCUUUAACUGUGGAGAAAAUCUGAGUGUAAAAGGGAAGACAUACCUUACCAAUUCACUGUUUGAUUACAGAAGUCCAGAAAAUAAUAGUAUUCGUGCAGAAUUUAUAUUGGAUGCAGCUCAUCAUAAGGAGACGUACACAGAGAUAGCUGGAAUGCAGAGGUUUGGGGCUUUUUACAUGGAUUACUUGUACACAAUGGAAAGCACCAGUGGCAAAGUUUCUGGGAAUCAGCAAGACCCUUCAGUGAAGAGUGAAGAUUUUGGAAAUGUUCAGGAGAUGUCUACGAAAAGCCUCAUUGUGGGUCCACUCAAUCUUCGACUGGAUAGCAGUGCAGUGCACCGGAUAAUGAAAAUGAUAGUUUGUGCUCUAGAACAUGAAUAUGAGCCGUAUAGCAGAACUAAGCCAGAUCUUAUAGAUGGAACUAGAACUAUGCCAAGCUCAGAAGAAAUAGCAUCGUUGGAGGAAUACAUUCCCACUCGACUUACAACGUUCACCAUUCUUAAAUGUACAAUUAUAAUCCCUGUGGCAGAGUUCAAUUUACUUGACCACUUGAUGCCUGUAAUCAUGGGUGAGAAGAACUUCAGUGGAUUGCUGAAUGCUACAAGCUUCCAGCCCCUACGGCCUUUACCUUCUGUCAGAAUACUAGUGGAUAAAAUCAACCUGGAACACUCCGUACCAAUGUAUGCCGAGCAGCUGGUACAUAUGGUCAGCAGCCUCAGCCAGCCAUCUGAUAACCUUCUUCAUUACUGUUAUUCACACUGCUAUCUGAAGGUAUUUGGUUUUCAAGCAGCAUUGACCUCUUUGGACAGCAGAGGACUGUACUGCUUCCCUGUUCCAGUUAUUCCCUCUUUCAGUACUGCUCUUUAUGGCAAACUGAUCAAGUUUCCCAAAUAUUGGACCAAGCGAGCUCAUGUCCCACUAACAGAAUGCAUAUUUGAACUUCCAAAUUUGACAGUUCAAGCAACUAGAGCUCAAACCCUUUUGCUCCAAACUAUUUAUCAGAGCUGGUGUCAUCCUGUUGGAAAUGUCAGUUCUGUGGUGAUAAAUGAAGCUUUACUGAAUGAAGUUUUCCAGUCUUCAGGUGUGAAAUCUAAGAAUCCCCUGCCAACUCUUGAGGGCUCAAUCCAGAAUGUUGAAUUGAAGUACUGCAGCACAUCAUUGGUCAAAUGUGCCUCUGGGACCGUGGGAUCAAUAAAAAUUUGUGCCAAAGCCCCAGGUGAUGCUGGAAAAGAGAAGCUGAUUCCUUUAAUUCAAGGGCCUUCUGACACCAGAGACUUACACAGCAGUAAAUGGCUCAAUGAGAGCAGAAAGCCAGAAUCUCUCUUAGCUCCAGAUUUGGUAGCCUUUACAAUCCAAAUUCCACAGUGUAUGGACUACUGCCAUAAUUCUGGUGCAGUACUUUUGUCCAGCAUACAAGGAUUAGCAAUUAAUGUUGAUCCUGUGCUAUACACUUGGCUUAUCUACCAGCCUCAGAAACGUGCUAGUAGACAUAUUCAACAGCAGUCUGUAGGAGCUGUUCCACUUGGAGUGUCAGUAACUCGAAAAAAAGAGGAUGAAGCAUCAGUUGGAAGUGCACCUUUGGCAAGGCAGCAAUCAAAUCAAGCUUCUGAGUAUGCCAGCAGUCCAGUCAAAACAAAAACAGUAACAGAAUCUCGCCCUUUGUCACUUCCUGUGAAAACCAUGCUGAACUCAUCUGAAGGCUGUCGAAGUCCUGAAGAAAGAAUGAAGGAAUUUAUUGGAAUAGUAUGGAAUGCAGUUAAGUGCCUUACACUUCAGCUUGAAGUGCAAUCAUGUUGUGUAUUCCUUCCAAAUGACAGCCUACCUUCUCCAAGUACCAUUGUAUCAGGUGACAUUCCUGGGACCGUCCGAAGCUGGUACCAUGGGCAGGCCAGUAUGCCUGGCACACUUGUUGUCUGCUUGCCCCAGAUAAAGAUUAUGAGUGCUGGCCACAAGCAUAUGGAACCACUGCAGGAAAUCCCAUUUGUUGUGCUGAGACCCAUCCUUGAAGAAGGUGAUGCUUUUCCAUGGACUGUGAGUCUGCAUCAUUUCAGUAUGUAUACUCUUCUUGGACAACAGAUGACGCUUAAUUUAGUGGAACCAAUGGGCUGUACUUCUACUUUAGCUGUUACAUCCCAGAAACUGGUUGCUUCAGGGCCAGAAUCCAGGCACUCAUUUGUCGUCUGCCUUCACGUUGACCUGGAGUCCCUUGAAAUAAAAUUCUCGAACCCCCAGGUGCAGCUUCUUUAUGAACUGGUGGAGAUCACAAGCAAAGUUUGGAAUAAGAUUCAGAGGAGAGGAAUUCUCUACCAGUCUUCUGUCUACACUGAAACCAUGACGGGACCUGCUCCUCCUAGCUCUCCAGUUAAAAGUAGCAUUGGUACUGUUCCACCAGAUACCAGCACGUACAGCCCGUCAGCUGACAUUGGCACCACUACAGAGAGUGAUUCUCUUCAGGGUGGUGAUGACUCUCCGUUCUCAGACUCUAUUACACUGGAACAAACUACAAGUAAUAUUGGAGUCUCAAGUGGACGUGUCAGCCUGUGGAUGCAGUGGAUGUUGCCAAAAAUUACUAUAAAAUUAUUUGCUCCUGACCCUAGAAAUAAUGGCACAGAGGUUUGUGUUGUCAGUGAGUUAGAAGAUCUCAGCGCGUCGGUGGACAUGCAGGAUGUAUAUACCAAAAUCAAAUGUAAAAUAGAAAGUUUCAAUAUUGACCAUUACAGAAACAGCCUUGGGGAAGAUUCCUGGUCUCUGGGGCAAUAUGGAGGUGUAUUUCUUUCCUGUACUGACAAGCUGAACAGACGUACCUUGUUGGUUCGACCCAUCAGCAAGCAGGACCCUUUCAGCAAUUUCUCUGGCUUCUUUCCUUCUGCAACUGCAAAACUUUUAGAUGGCUCACAUCAGCAGCAUGGAUUUCUUUCUCUAACUUAUACAAAAGCUGUGACAAAAAAUGUCCGGCACAAACUGAUCUCAAGAAAUGAACGAAGAACAUUCCAUAAGCUAUCCGAAGGUCACACUGAUGGAUCUCCUCACUUUCUUCAUGAGAUCCUUUUGUCUGCUCAGGCUUUUGAUGUGGUCCUCUGUUUUCCUUUGCUUAAUGCAAUUGCAAGUAUUUUUCAAGCCAGGCUGCCAAGGAGUCAAAAGGAGAAAAGAAAAUCACCAGGCCAGCCUAUGAGGACUCAUACUCUAACUUCCCGCAACUUGCCUCUGAUCUAUAUUAACACUGGUGUAAUAAGAGUCUUCUUUCCCAAAAAUGAGGAAGAUCAUCAUAAUGCAGAAGCUAAUCCAGCAAUUAAAGAAGACACUUUGGUUCUCAAGAUUGGAUCUGUCUCUAUGGCUCCCCAGGCUGACAACCCUCUCAGUAGAGCUGUGCUCAGAAAAGACAUUUAUCAGAGAGCACUGAAUCUCGGAAUACUUCGAGACCCUGGAUCCGAGGUUGAAGACAGACAAUAUCAAAUAGACCUUCAGUCUAUAAACAUCGGCACUGCUCACUGGAAUCAGUUGAAACCAGAGAAAGAAAAUGGAAAAGGAGGGAUUUUGCCGGAGAAUGAAAGAAAUUCUCAAAAUCCAGCACUUGAAUGGAACAUGGCCAGUAGCAUAAGGCGGCAUCAGGAAAGGAGAGCCAUUUUAACUCCAAUUUUAACAGAUUUCACAGUUCGAAUAACUGCAGCUCCUGCAAUUAUUUUUACAAAAAUUGAUGCUCCAGAGAAUUUACAUCCAGAGGAAAUUUUGGUGUGUGGUCAUUCUUUGGAGGUCAAUGUGACAACAAAUCUGGAUUUCUUCCUCAAUGUGGCUCAAGUACAACUUCUUCAGCAGCUGGUAGAAGCCCAUAUGAUUGGACUGGAACCUUCCAGUACCACUAAUGAGGUUUCCAAACAAGAGCAAAAAAAAAUGGAUAUGUCAGAUGGAGGAACAGUUGAGACUUCUUCCCGGUACAGUGGGGCGCAGGACAGUGGAAUUGGCAGUGACAGCGUUAAGAUCAGAAUCGUUCAGAUCGAGCAGCAUAGUGGCACCAGCCAGCACCGCAUUGCCCGGCCCUCUCGCCAGUCAUCCAUUGUGAAGAACCUCAAUUUCAUCCCUUUUGACAUUUUUGUUACAGCAAGUCGGAUCUCCUUGAUGACUUACUCAUGCACUGCUUUACCUAAAUUGAAAUCACCACAAGAUCAGAAAGAUGGUGGGAAAAUAAGCAAAAGCUCCUUGAACCUUCCAGAAGCAGGCUCAGGUAGCAGCCAUGACACCAAGAAGCCCAGUCAGCCGUCCAUUUCAUCCGUCACAGCAGAUGACCUUCUGAACAGCAACGUUCCCCUGUCUUCUGGAAGAAAAACAGGUCUUCUGUCACUGGAAAGCCUGCAUGCUUCCACAAGGUCCUCUGCUCGUCAAGCCCUUGGUAUAACUAUCGUUAGGCAGCCUGGUCGCAGGGGCACCGGUGACAUAGAGCUGCAACCAUUUCUCUACUUGGUUGUAUCGCAGCCCUCUGUGCUCCUCAGCUGCCACCACAGAAAGCAGAAGAUAGAAGUGUCAGUGUUUGAUGCUGGGCUUAAGGGAGUAGCCUCAGACUACAAGUGUACAGAUCCUGGAAAGACUCUACCGGAAGCUCUGGAUUAUUGCAAGAUUUGGUUGCAGACAGUAGCAGGAGAGGUGGAUGCUAAAAGUGGUAUACCACCUUCUCUUAUCACAGUACAAAUUAAAGACUUCCUUAACGGGCCAGCUGACAUCAAUGUGGAUGUAUCCAAACCUUUGAAAGCAAAUCUAAGUUUUGUCAAACUUGAUCAACUAAAACAGUUUUUGAAGAAAAUUAUGACCACAAAUGACGACGAGCCUGGGAAGGAGGCUUCUCCAUCAACUGGUACUCAUCCAGAUGAGGCUGUCGCUUCAGGAACCAAACACUCUAGUAUAAAGGGUUCACUACCUGCAGUGCACACCAGUGCUUCACAGAACGUUUCACUACAAGAAAACUUGUGGCAAGCUCUUUCGUGCUUCCAGAAAAUUUCCAUUCACACCGUCCAAAUGGUUGUUUCUAUGGAAACCAUCCCACAUCCAAGUAAACCUUGUUUGUUAGCCUCUUUGUCAAACCUCAGUGGAAGCCUGAAUAUUAAAGGUGGCCAUAAAACUGCAGGAAUCCAUGGCUCAUCUUUUGUCCUGGACAUAAAAGAUUUCCUGCUUAAAACAAGUCUCAAAGAAAGAACCAGGUCUCUGAUCGGCCCUUUUUGCUGCACGGUUACAGUGGAAGCCAAGUGGUGUAAGCACAGUGGUGAUCCUGGACCAGAGCAAUCUAUUCCAAAAAUGUACAUUGAUUUGAGAGGAGGACUGCUGCAGGUUUUCUGGGGUCAAGAGCAUUUGAACUGCUUAGUUCUUCUCCAGGAGCUUGUUUGGGAAUACCUUACCAAAACCGGCAGCGCAGAGGCAUUCGUGUCUGAACAGAGUUAUCGCGCUUGUUUCUCUACGGAAAGGAAUCAGGCCUCAAAAACUGAGCAUUCGUCAGACGAUCUGAGAACAGGCCUGUUCCAGUAUGUACAAGAUGCAGAAGCACAAAAACUGCCUGGUGCCUAUGAAGUUGUGUUUUACAACGAAACUGAAGAUAGUCCAGGAAUGAUGUUGUGGAGAUAUCCAGAACCCAGAGUGCUCACUCUCGUAAGAAUUAAUCCUGUUCCUUUUAAUACCACCGAAGACCCUGAUAUCAGCACUGCUGACCUUGGAGAUGUUCUUCAGAUUCCUUGCAGCUUGGAGUACUGGGAUGAGCUUCAGAAAUCAUUUGUUGCAUUCCGGGAAUUCAGUCUAUCGGAAAGCAAAGUCUGUGAACUGCAGCUGCCCAACAUCAGCUUUGUGAAUGAUCAGAAGGAGCUCAUAGCCUCUGAUCUUUGGAGGAUCGUCCUGAACAGCAAUCAGAACGUGGCUGAUGACCAAAGCUCAGAAAGUGAAUCUGGCUCACAGAGUGCAUGCGAUCAGCUUGUAACUCCUACAGCGUUAGCAGCCUGUACCAGAGUUGACUCCUGUUUUACUCCUUGGUUUGUGCCAUCACUCAGUGUGUUGGUCCAAUUUACUUUCUUGGAAGUCCAUCUCUGCCAUCAUCUUGAUCAACUAGGCACAGCACCACCAAAGUUUCUUCAGCCAUUUUUAUCAGAUAAGAACAUGCCAUCUGAGCUAGAGUACAUGAUAAUUUCCUUUGAUGAGCCCCAUGUUUAUCUUCGUCAGUGGCGUGAUGAGUCAGUGUUCCAGGAGCUCCAGUUUUCCACACAAGCUGACUGUAAACUUCUGGAGUGCCGAAAUGUGACUAUGCAGAGUGUUGUGAAGCCUUUCAAGAUCUGGGGGCAGACUGCUAUUUCUGGUGGCAUAGGAGGAAGGCUGUUGGACUGCACAAUAAUGGUGGACCCCAUUUUGAUCCUCUUUGGCCAAUAUGCAAUUCAUUCUCUAAAUACAGCAAUUCAAGCUUGGCAGCAGAACCAAUGCCCCGAGGCAGAGGAGUUGGUCUUCAGCCAUUUUGUGAUCUGUAAUGACACACAGGAGACACUGCGAUUUGGCCAGGUGGAUACCGAUGAAAAUAUUUUGCUGGCUAGUCUCCACAGUCACCAGUACAGCUGGCGCUCUCACAAGUCCCCACAGCUGUUACACAUCUGUAUUGAAGGCUGGGGAAACUGGCGGUGGUCUGAGCCAUUCAGUGUGGACAACGCAGGGACCUUUAUCCGUACCAUUCAGUACAAGGGCCGCACAGCUUCGCUUAUUAUCAAGGUUCAGCAGCUCAGUGGAGUACAAAAACAAAUCCUAAUCUGUGGAAGACAGACAGUCUGUAGUUACCUUUCAGAAAGUAUUGAACUGAAGGUGGUUCAGCAUUACAUUAGUCAGGAUGGACAGGCGGUUGUUAAAGAACACAUCAACUGCCUCGCAGCCAAGCAGAAGCUGCCUUCAUAUGUCCUAGAAGAUGACGAGCUCACCGAGCUGAGUGUGAAGGCCACAGGAGAUGAAGACUGGUCCCAAGAUGUAUGCCUGAGUUCUAAACAUACAGAACACAGCACCGUCAUUCAGGUACCAUCCUCAAAGAGUUUGAUUACAUAUGUGUGGUGCACAAUUUUGACUUUAGAGCCCAGCUCUCAUGUGCAGCAGCGAAUAAUUGUUUUCAGCCCUCUUUUCAUUGUAAGGAGCCAUCUUCCAGACCCAAUUAUCAUCCAUUUAGAGAAAAGGAGUCUAGGAUUGAAUGAAACACAUGUGGUUCCAGGGAAAGGACAGGAGAAAGCACUGCAAAAUAUAGAACCUGAUCUUACACAUCACCUGACAUUUCAAGCCAGGGAGGAAGAUGAUCCUUCAGAGUGUGCAGUCCCUAUCUCAACUACGCUUAUUAAACAGAUAGCAACUAAAUCCCAUCCAGGUGGCAAUGUCAGUGAGAUCCUGUCGGAGUUUUAUGGCACUGCUAAUCCUCGUCAGCCUGCAUGGCCAUAUAACAAGAAGGAUUCAGACAGCAAUGAACAACUCUCCCAAUGGGACAGCCCAAUGCGGGUAAAGCUGUCAGUGUGGAAACCGUGUGUUAAAACUCUGCUGAUAGAACUCCUGCCCUGGGCUUUGCUUAUCAAUCAGUCCAAGUGGGACCUCUGGCUGUUUGAAGGAGAGAAGAUAGUGCUUCAAGUGCCUACUGGGAAAGUAAUGAUUCCCCCCAACUUCGAGGAAGCUUUUCAGAUUGGAGUAUACUGGGCAAACACUAACACCGUGCACAAAUCAGUGGCAAUCAAACUGGUUCAUGAUGUGACCUCCCCAAAAUGGAAGGAUGCUGAGAAUGGGGAAGUGGUAACAUUGGAUGAAGAAGGUUUUGUUGAAGCUGAAAUAAAACUUGGUGCUUUUCCAGGUCAUCAGAAGUUGUGUCAGUUCUGCAUUUCUUCUAUGGUUCGACAAGGUAUACAAAUUCUACAAAUCGAAGAUAAGACAACAAUAAUCAAUGAUACAUCGUAUCAAAUCUAUUACAGACCGCAGCUUUGUAUUUCCAAACUGUACUCAGGAGAAGAGGACUUCCACUCACCAGAUAGCACCGUGUUCAGCGUCGGUCCGGCCAGGGCACCGAACACUGAAACGCUGACUUCGGUGCCGUGCUGGGACCUGCUGGCGGACAGCAGCCCUGUGACUUCAGGGACGCCUCCUACUCAAAAGCGCAUGCUGCUGAGUUUCAGUCCAGGUGGCUGCGCUGGCAGCUCUGAGUUCUGGAGCCUACCAGCUGUGAUCAAACAGGAGUUUCCCAGACAGAGCGUGGCAGUGCCCAUAGGGGCUUGUAGGGAAAGCGGAUUUUAUACCAGAGCUAUAACGCUGACUUAUCAAGAGCAUCUUGGUGUGACAUACCUAACACUUACAGAAGAUCCAAGUCCUCGUAUAAUUAUCCACAACAGGUGCUCCAUUUCAUUGCUUGUAAAAGAGAACUUCAAAGAUACACCAAAGUUUGAAGUUUAUUGUAGAAAGAUCCCAGCUGAAUGUUCGAUUCAUCAUGAACUUUACCAUCAAGUCUCCAGCUAUCCAGAUUGCAAAACAAGAGAUUUGUUACCCAGCAUUCUUCUGAAAGUGAUGUCAUCUGAUGAAUUAGUAAAUGAAUGGAGUGAUUUUGUGGACAUCAACAAUCAAGGAACACAAGUUGUGUUCUUGACUGGUUUUGGCUAUGUUUAUGUGGACAUUGUCCAUCAGUGUGGAACAAUAAUUAUAACAUUGGCCCCAGAGGGAAGAGCAGGACCCAUCGAGAUCGACCUCAACAGAAGUCAAGAGCAGAGCCUGUCCUUGAAAAUGUUUAUCAGCCAGUUAAGUCUAGCCGUGUUUGAUGAUAUUACGAAUCACAAAGUGUCAUCUGAACUCCUGCGGCUCACAGCAGACAACGUUUUCCUCCACAUGGCCCCAACAACCAGCUACCUGAGACCCCUGUCGCAAGAGUUCCAGCAGGACACCGGGGAAGGCCUCCCACCGUUUUAUAGUCUCCAAGUGUAUUGUGAAGACUUGCAACUGGACAAUCAGUUGUACAGCAAAUCCAAUUUCCAUUUUGCAGUCCUGCUGUGCCAAGGAGAGAAAAAUGAGACCGUGCAGUGGUCGAGAGUGAACAACCUCAUUGUUUCUAACAAAGAUUUGGAAAACUAUAAGGAAAACUGCUUUAUAAAGCUUCGCAUUGCUUUUUCUGAAGAAGAGAAUUUCAUAUUUCAUGUGAAUGACCUCAGCUUUGAACUCAAACCAGCUAGGCUGUACGUGGAAGACACCUUUGUUUACUACAUUAAGACUCUGUUUGAUACAUACCUUCCAGAAAACAAAGGCGCUUGGCAGUCGGUGAAUAUUUCUGAUACUACCCAGAUACUACCCAAGCAAGUGAGAGAGCAUGCAAGAGCUUUAGUCAAGCCAGUGAAGUUAAGAAAAUUAACAAUACAGCCUGUUAAUCUGCUUGUCAGCAUUCAUGCUUCAUUAAAACUGUAUAUAGCUUCAGAUCACACCCCUCUCUCCUUCUCCGUGUUUGAGCGAGGACCCAUCUUCACCACUGGCAGGCAGCUUGUCCAUGCCUUGGCCAUGCAUUAUGCUGCUGGAGCACUUUUCAGAGCAGGCUGGGUCGUUGGAUCUCUGGAAAUCCUUGGAAGCCCGGCUAGUCUGGUGAGAAGCAUAGGGAACGGCAUAGCUGAUUUCUUUAGGCUCCCAUACGAAGGGCUGACCAGAGGCCCGGGAGCAUUUGUCAGUGGUGUUUCCAGAGGAACAACAUCAUUUGUAAAACACAUUUCCAAAGGUACACUGACGUCAAUUACCAAUCUGGCAACAAGUCUUGCUCGGAAUAUGGAUAGGCUGUCGCUGGAUGAGGAACAUUACAACAGACAGGAAGAAUGGAGAAGGCAGCUUCCAGAGAAUCUGGGAGAAGGACUGAGACAAGGGCUCUCUCGUUUAGGCAUUAGCCUUCUAGGUGCAAUUGCUGGCAUUGUAGAUCAGCCGAUGCAGAAUUUUCAGAGAGUGUCUGAGGGCCAAGCAUCAGCAGGGCACAAAGCCAAAGGUGUUAUCUCUGGUGUGGGAAAAGGCAUUAUGGGAGUCUUUACAAAGCCAAUUGGAGGUGCGGCUGAACUUGUCUCCCAAACAGGAUAUGGUAUUUUGCAUGGAGCUGGACUUUCUCAGCUUCCCAAGCAGCGCUCUCAUCCAAAUGAUCAACAAGUUGAGCAGGCUCCAAAUAGCCACGUCAAAUACGUCUGGAAAAUGCUGCAAUCUCUAGGGAAGCCAGAGGUCCACAUGGCCUUAGAUGUCAUGAUUGUGAGCGGGUCAGGCCAGCAGCAUGACGGCUGCUUGCUGCUCACCUCGGAGGUGCUCUUUGUGGUCAGUAUCAGUGAAGACACGCAGCAGCAGGCCUUCCCCGUGACUGAAAUCGAUUGUCUGGAAGAUGAUCAGCAAAAGGACCUGCUGAAGGUGCAGCUGAAGCAACAGAGAGUGCCAUGUGAUUUGGAGGCGGAUGGAGUUAGAGAGAGACUAUCAGAACAACAGUACAACCGCCUCGUGGAGUACAUCACAAAGACAUCUUACCACCUCGCCCCCAGCACCGCCACAGUGCCAGCACCGCAAGCUGUGGCUGCCGAACACCUUCCAGCUGUAACGAAAACAUACAACUAUGUGGUUGAUCCAAAUUUUGCCCAAGUAUUCAUUAGCAAAUUCAUAAUGGUAAAAAACAAAGCCUUGAGGAAAGGAUUUUAUUAAUAAAUACUUGUGGUGCAGAUAGUAAUAUCUUACCAUUCUGAACAUAACACUUCGUAUGCAGUAACCUGUAUCAAGAAAAGAUGCAUAUAAUCUUUGAGGAAGUAGGAGAUAGAUAAUAACAAACUUAAGCUUUUCUAAUCUUGACAGCAUUCCUUCCAUGCUGGUGCUGGAAGGAAAGGGUUCUAGCAUGUGGAUAAGGUGAAAAGGAAAAGCUUUAGACUAUAGCUUGAUCAAAAUCCCUUUUCUUUCAAUAACCAAAAAAAUCGGGAAUAAGGAACAGUUGCGUGCAUAGAGACAUUUUUGCCACACAAAACAUAUGUAUCAAUACAUACUAUAUCAUAUUUUAGGGUCUGCCAGUUUCUGUUGUAAACCAGGUUUAUAACUCAGCUGUAAAAACUUGCUCAAGGCUGAGCCUUUCCCCCCACACAUGCACUGCCCCCAGCACGCACAUCCUGAGGCAAAACAUUUUCCCCCACUAAAUUUGAAAAACCCAGUGUGGCUGUUUUAAGUUACUUAGUGACAGCUGGGUUUUAGCACCACUUUAGCCUUAGAAUAGCUUCCUUUAUUUGACUGAAGUUUUGCAGGACAUUAGUCCUUAAUGUAAACUAGUGCCUUUGUGUGGAUUGGAGAACAAAACAUGAACUACAACAUGAAUUUAUUUUUAAAACUGUCUGUAUACAGAAACUUUAUUUCAUCCACCAUCAGAUUUUCAGAACUUUCAAUGUAUAUACGACACUGCGCGUUGUCUGGUCAUUAGCUGGAGGCCAAUAACAUGCAGUUCAACAAUUUACAAACCAGAGCUUAGCCUCCUUGAAAUCGACUAAGAAUCACUGAGCUCAUUAUACCAUAGAUGUGCAGGUGCUAAAUACAGCCUUGGUGGGUCUUCCUUACUGCUGAGCUGCCACCACUACGCAUAGUACCGGCGCACUUAAGCCCUAUUUUAUGCUUAUCAUCUUUAAAAUGAUAAAAACAGAGAUACUCAGAAGUACGAUCUUUCAAAUAGUAUUUGUGCAAAGGAAAAUGAGAUUUUUUUCAGUUUGGUCCGAAAGUAAGGGCCCACAGGUUCCAGCUACAGUAAUUAAUAGUCAAUGAUGCCAUUGCAGUACACUUUUAAACACGUGAAGACAAAUGAGCUUUCUAAGUGUUUUGUUUUCAGAUCUUUUACAGUUUGUAGUAGACAAGCAAUCAUUCUAGGCACACUUAGAUUGCUUUAUAAACCAAAUCUGACUAGAGCAGCUUUUUUUUUUUUUAAAAAAAAAAAAAAAAAAAGAGCUUACUUGGCUUUCAAGCGUGCUUGUAACUUCCAUCCCCUUCUCUACAUACUCACAGUCGUUCAUUUUGUCUCGGGAUUCCUGAACGUGGCCAGAAUUAGAGACAAGAACUGGAAUAAAAUCUGAUCAACAUUUUGAGCCCAUAGAUACACAUUUGUUAUUUAAUACUUCCUAUGCACACCGGAUAAGACCAAAUGCACAGUACCUACGAAUGUAGUGUAGGCAGUGUUUUUCUCCUGAGGUCUGUUUUGUUCAAUGUGAUUUCUAAAAGCCGUGUGUCUUGUGUACUGAAAGACAGAAGCCUGAGUUGUCCUUUCUGAAUGUGAAAUGAGCCCCUUCCUUAUCAACAUUUCAUACAGCGCUUUAAUAAUUCAGUCCUUGUUUAAAUGUCAUUAUUUAAAACAUAAAUGUAUAUACACACACUUCAUUCCUGAAUAUUUUAUGGAGAUAGUUUAAUACUUCUAAUUUUGCAUACUGAUGCAUAAAUUGUAAUAUAGAGAUUGUUUAAAGAUAAAUAAAGCUAUUCCUGUAA